UAGAUUUAAAUGUAACACUGGAUAUGUCUUUCUAAGCUGUAUUAAUGCGUCAAGCCAUAAAGCCAUAAUGUGGCAUGCCAUUCUUUCUGAGAGGUGAAUAUUUCUGAAUAAAGAUGGCGGACAGAAGUGGGAAGAUUGUUCCAGGACAAGUGUAUAUUGAAGUGGAGUAUGAUUAUGAAUAUGAAGCAAAGGACAGAAAGGUUGUGAUAAAACAAGGGGAACGGUAUAUCUUGGUGAAAAAGACCAACGAUGACUGGUGGCAAGUCAAACCAGAUGAGAAUUCUAAAGCAUUUUAUGUGCCAGCCCAGUAUGUUAAGGAAGUCACCCGCAAAGCUCUAAUGCCACCGCUUAAGCAGGCAGUUGGACUGCCAAAUAAUUCUAUGAAAACAAUCCAGAGUCUGCACCUUCAGAGAUCAACAGAAAAUGUGAACAAAUUGCCUGAACUUUCAAGUUUUGGAAAGCCCUCAUCAUCUGUUCAAGGAACAGGUCUUAUUCGUGAUGCCAAUCAGAAUUUUGGACCCAGCUAUAAUCCAGGUCAAACUCUCAACCUAAGCCUGGACCUAACCCAUAAUAAUGGAAAGUUUAACAGUGACUCACAUUCUCCUAAAGUUUCCAGCCAGAAUAGGACGCGCUUAUUUGGUCACUUUCCUGGUCAGGAGUUCUUGGACAUAGAGAAAACUAGCUUCUCACAGGAGCAGUCUUGUGAUUCAGCAGGAGAAAGCUUAGAGAGAAUACAUCAGGAUUCUGAAUCUGGAGAUGAGCUCAGCAGCAGCUCCACUGAACAGAUAAGGGCAACUACACCACCAAAUCAAGGAAGGCCAGAUUCUCCUGUGUAUGCCAACCUACAGGAACUGAAAAUAUCCCAGUCUGCUCUCCCCCCACUUCCUGGGAGUCCAGCAAUUCAGAUUAAUGGAGAAUGGGAAACUCAUAAAGAUAGUUCAGGGCGUUGUUACUACUAUAACCGAGGAACACAGGAAAGAACUUGGAAACCACCACGAUGGACCCGGGAUACAAGCAUAAGCAAAGAUUUCCACAGUCAAGGAGAUCAAGAGCUUCUUUCAUCAGAAGAAAACUACCACAGCAUUUGUUACAGCCAGUCAGAUAGUCAGUGUGGUUCUCCUCCAAGGGGUUGGUCAGAAGAGUUGGAUGAACGUGGGCAUACCUUAUAUACCAGUGACUAUACUAAUGAAAAGUGGCUCAAGCAUGUUGACGAUCAAGGUAGACAGUAUUACUACAGUGCGGAUGGAUCUCGGUCAGAAUGGGAACUGCCAAAGGAAUCUCCAACUGCCUCAAAACCCUGCUUUCCUGAAAAUGAAUCUUCUCCCUCUUCACCAAAGCACCAAGACCCAGGUCAAGAGAAAUACGGAUUGUUAAAUGUAACAAAAAUUACUGAAAAUGGGAAAAAGGUUCGAAAGAACUGGUUGUCUUCUUGGGCAGUGUUGCAGGGUUCAUCUUUACUUUUUACCAAAACUCAAGGAAGUAGCACAAGUUGGUUUGGGAGUAAUCAGUCCAAACCAGAGUUCACAGUGGACCUUAAGGGGGCAACAAUUGAGAUGGCCUCAAAGGAUAAAUCCAGCAAGAAGAACGUAUUUGAGCUGAAAACUCGUCAAGGAACAGAACUUCUAAUUCAGUCUGAUAAUGAUGCUGUUAUUAAUGAUUGGUUUAAAGUUCUUAGCAGUACUAUCAGUAACCAGGCAGUAGAAACCGAUGAAGCAGUAGAAGAGGAGAUACCAGAUUCACCAGGAAUAGAAAAGCAGGAUAAAGAAAAGGACCAGAAGGAUGUUAAAAAACUUCGUUCUAUGAAAGUAUCUAGCAUAGAUUCUUCAGAACAGAAAAAAACCAAGAAAAAUUUAAAGAAGUUUCUUACACGACGCCCCACUUUACAAGCUGUCCGUGAAAAAGGUUAUAUUAAAGAUCAAGUAUUUGGAGCCAAUCUUGCUAAUUUGUGUCAGAGAGAGAGUGGCACGGUGCCAAAAUUUGUGAGGUUAUGCAUUGAGCAUGUUGAAGAACAUGGUUUGGAUGUGGAUGGAAUCUACAGAGUGAGUGGCAACCUUGCAGUGAUUCAGAAGCUCAGAUUUGCAGUCAAUCAUGAUGAAAAAUUGGACUUGACUGACAGCAAAUGGGAGGACAUUCAUGUCAUCACUGGAGCACUCAAAAUGUUUUUUCGGGAGUUACCAGAGCCUCUAUUUACAUUUAACCACUUUAAUGAUUUUGUCAAUGCAAUUAAGCAAGAACCAAGACAGCGUGUUGCUGCUGUUAAGGAGCUAAUCAGACAGUUGCCAAAACCGAAUCAAGAUACAAUGCAGAUCCUUUUUAGGCACCUCAAAAGAGUUAUAGAAAAUGGAGAAAAAAACCGAAUGACCUAUCAGAGUAUAGCAAUUGUUUUUGGUCCCACCCUAUUAAAGCCAGAAAAAGAGACUGGUAAUAUAGCAGUUCAUACUGUUUACCAAAAUCAGAUUGUAGAAUUAAUUCUUCUGGAAUUAAGUUCCAUCUUCGGACGAUGAUUCUUAUGGAAGAUAACCUGUGGGAUAGAAGCUGGAUUCCAUCACGUCUCAGAUCUUUAUAUGCAGUAUGUUUUAUUUUUGGACCAAGCAGUAGCUCUUUUGAUUUUGCACUUUUUGAGGGGUCAGAAGCAAAGGGGAGCGUGAAAAUGCCUGUUAGGCCCUCAUGUUUGCUGCUUUCUUGUGAGGUGAUAAGACUGUAAUUUUGGAUUCAUUUAUCCUGAAUGUUUGCAUUUCAUACUCUGAAUUUCAGUACAAAUCAAAACUGAGAAUUCUAACCAGUCAUAUACACUGGAUAAUUUGGUAAGAAAAACUACAUUUCUCCCCUCAAACUGGGUAAUGUAGAAUUUCUUCUCAUUAUCUAUAAGUUCUUCACUUGGUGGAAAAAUACCUGUUAUCAGUUAUUUUGAAAACACUCUGGGCAUUUGAAACAAAAUGAAGUCUAUCUUUUUUGAACCUGUGUAUUUCUUUUUCAGGGUCGCAUGCAGUGGCAGCCUAAAGUGCUAGAAUCCAUGGUAACCUAACUAUGACCCUUGGCAAGGCUUGCUGUUGUUCACUAUAGAGCACAGCACCCUGACCGGGUAUAGUAGUUGCUUGUUUGGGCAACACAUAAUCCUGCUUAGAACACUGUGAUGUACUGGACUUCUGGUUAGCAUAACUCAGUUCAGAGCAUUUUUGAGCUGUCUUGCUAUGCUGAAUUGUAGCUAACAAUCCUAAUUAUAUCUAGUGCCAUAUUGAGUUCUUGGUAUGACCCUGUGGAAACAGAAAUUAUUUGAUGUAAAUAUGGGCAAAGGACUUAAUGUUCUUUAGCUUGUGUACAUAGUUGUGCUGUAUAGUCUCAAAAUACACUCUAACCCUAUGUUUCUAAUAAUGCUAUUGGUAAUCUUUCCAUGAAUAUUAGGUUUCCUCCAGAAGUAGGCCAUUCCUUAGAAAAACUAACUAUGCGCACUUUUAGAUUUUAAUUACAUUUACAGGCAGAUUACUGUAAUGCAAAUGGUACUGGAAAAAUACUGAAUAAACUUGCUCAAUGGUAAAUGCACUACAAGAGGAACCUUUUAGAUUUAUUUAAUAUGUACAGAAUACAUUAGAAAAAAAUUAUUAGAGAAUUCUAACUCUCCAGUCUGAAUAGUAGAAACCAUGUGUAAAUCAGAUGGAUGUUGGGUGGAAAAUGACAGUGCUACAUUUGAGAGUUUCCUUUACAUUACUAAUGUAUAUUGAUUUGUACAAUAAAACAGGGUUUGGAAGAUUUUGUUAUAGGGAGCAUGGUCUGUCACAAAUUUUUUUAAGUGUAUUUUUCUAGAUUAACUGCUGUAUAUGAAAUGUCUAAUCUAAUAAAACUAUAAGAGGUUGAGAGAUUUUUUCCAUUGGAAAUGUGCAUUUUGGUUUUAAUUUUUUGUUGUUUUUUCAUUUACUCUUAUACCUCAUCUAAAAAAUGUUAACUGAAUCCAGUAUUUCCUAUUGCAUGUAAUGCUUUCCUCAUUUGAUGCCUUUUCUAUUCCUCUCCCUAUUAGCACCUCUCUGUAUCCAACACACAUUUUAUUUCUUUAUUCAUAUGGAAAGUGAAUGAUUUGACCAAUAUUCUUUUUGCUUAAAUUAUAUUUUUAAUUUACA